CGUUAAAAGAUAUUGAAGCAUCGUCUGCCUCUUGCCUCUCCUCCUUCUACGACCUCAGUAGCGAGGAUUGACAACCAUGGCUACCGAGACGGAAAACGGCCGCAUCGUGCAGGAUACCGAUGACUCGACCCCCGAGCCAUCCUUCUACGAUCAGAAGGAUGCUCGCCAGGUUAUAGGCAAAAUAAUUAGUUCAAACUUCGCGGUCAUGGUAGCUGGACUGAAUGACGCUGCCACUGGUGUCCUGAUACCUUACAUCCAACCGACCUACGACAUAGGUUUGCUGCAAGUCUCAUUCAUUUAUCUCGUCAAUUUUACCGGCUGGCUUUGCGCCUGCUUUGCCAAUAUCCAUGUCUGCUCCAGGCUAGGAACGGGGGGCACGCUACUCUUGGGCGCAACGGUUCAAUGCCUCGGGUAUGCACUCAUGUUCUGGCACCCGCCCUAUCCUCUUUUCAUGGCCGCCUUCUUUUUCACAGGCAUGGGUGUCGCUUUCCAGGAUGCGCAGGCAAAUGCCUUCACUAUCACUGUGAAAAACGCUCAUAGAUGGCUGGGUAUACUCCAUGCUGUAUAUGGAUUGGGAACUAUCAUUGCUCCACUGAUUGCUAACACAAUCGCCUCGCGGACGCCAGAAUGGCAUCAUUACUAUUUGAUCGUGUUUUGCGUGGGCGUUGUGAAUAUCUUGCUUCUCGCUUGGACGUUCAGGCGAGGUCUUUUCCGACCUAAUGUGCAAAAUGCCAAGGAUACCGCUGGCAGUGAAUUGAAGGCUACGCUAGCUAAUCGGUCGGUGUGGAUCCUGAAUGGAUUCUUCUUCCUCUAUGCUGGUGCGGAGGUGGCUUCUGGAGGAUGGAUUGUUCAGUUCAUCGUCUCAGUAAGACAUGGUGACCCGAAGAAAGUAGGUUAUAUCGCCUCCGGCUUUUGGACUGGCUUUACCGUGGGCCGAGUCCUGCUCGCGGACAUCACACACAAAUUUGGUGAACGUCGAAUGGUGUUCAUUUAUCUCGUGCUGGCACUGGCGAUGCAGCUCAUGUUCUGGAUCGUUCCGAGUAUCCCAGUAAAUGCUGUCGCAGUUUUCCUCUUGGGAUUCUUCAUUGGACCGUUUUACCCUGUUGGACUGUAUGUUCUUACCGAAAUCGUGCCCCCGGAGCUACAUGUCGGGGCGAUAGGGUUCACUGCGAGUCUAGGACAAGCUGGCUCGGCCGCUUUCCCCUUCAUGACAGGCGCAAUAGCCUCGAAAGCGGGUGUUCAAGUCUUGCAACCGAUCAUGGUCGGCUUGCUUAUUGGUAUCGGCAUAUUUUGGGCCUUUAUUCCCAAAGAGGGGAAAAUAAGGCUCGAGGACGACGACGAGAACGGUCGACUUGCAAACUAGGAUAAGCAGGCGACCUUGUCAUUGAUACAAAUUCGGAUAUGGAUUUUGCCCUUUUAAACAAUUGCUGCAUUGAGAAAAUUUUUUGUUAUGACUAGAUUGUUCAGAAUCAUUUUUUUGUCCCGCACAAAAUGCAAAUCCAUGAAGAAAUACCAGGGCUACUGAACGGGACAUGUUUCCGUCACUGCAAUGGUGGUUAAUUCCUCAAGGAAUGGUUUUACCUCCGACCACUGAGCGAUUUGCAGUGAGGUUGAUAUCCCAUGUCAAUAGCUUGCGUAGCUAAGUUUUUAGAUUGCUUAAGUGUCGCAACCAGAUAUAUUCAACAUCAAUGGCUAAUUGUGUCAAGACACAUGGUUGAUAUCUAGGUGAUGGUCCCACGUCGCUUGGGCACCGAUGGAAACUUGGAGUUACAUCUAAACUAGUACACUGGCCGUGCGAUGUCUCGAACCGUACGAAAGAGC